AUGAGGACCUGCUCCAGGGGCACAGCCGUGCCCAUCCUGCUGCUGCUGCUGCUGGGCACCGCGCCCACCCGCGCCCAGCCCUCCUGCCUCCACUUCCCCGAGCUCCUGCCCGCCAGGCUCAGAGAGCUGAGGGUCAAGUUUGAGGAAAUUAAGGAUUAUUUUCAAUCAAAAGAUGACGACCUCAGCAUCCAACUGCUCAGCUCUGACCUGCUGGAGGAAUUCAAGGGGAGCCUCGGCUGCCAGUCGGUGUCGGAGAUGAUGGGGUUCUACAUGGAGGAGGUGCUGCCCAGCGCCAUGAGGAUCAGCGCUCAGCACCAGCAGAGCAUGGGCGACCUGGGCAACCUCCUGCUGAGCCUGAGAGCCACCAUGAGGCGCUGUCACAGAUUCUUCACCUGCGAGGAGAGGAGCAGGAGCAUGAAGCACAUCAAGGACACCUUCGCCAGGAUGAACACGAACGGAAUCUACAAGGCCAUGGGAGAGUUUGACAUCUUCAUCAACUACAUCGAGAAAUAUUUAACAAUGAGGAGAAGGAAAUGAGAGCAUCCCUGGGUCUGCAUUUUCCACACCAAAUCCUGCUACUUGUUUAAAAAUCACUUUAGUCUGCAAGAGUCAAAUUAAGUUAUCUCAAGGUUCAGGUCAAGAGUUACAGGUUAAUAAUCCAGCUCAAUAUUGUAUUUAAGAGUUAUUUUUUUAAUAGUUGAAUUUAUUAUUUAUUACUUCUAAUACCUCAGUGUUGAUGUUUACAGUAUGUUUGGAAGAAAAGAGUGAUGAGCUUGUAAAUUAUUAUUUAUUGUUCCAUAUUUUAAUAUUGUUUAUCAUAGUGUUAUUUUAUGCAUAGCUUCAAAACACCCAAAGCAGCGUUUUUCUGGAGGGCAGACAAUGAGCUGAGCUUAUCCCCAGUGAAUUCCACUCCUGAUUAGGAGCAAGGCCAGCUCUGACUUCAACAAAAUUUAAUUUUAGGCAAAUGACCCUCUCCUCAUAUCCUAUAUCUCUAUUUAUUUAUGCAAUCAGUGGUUUUGUGUUUAGGAGGAGAAAAAAAACACAGCAACAGCUUGGUUGACUCCAAUUUAGACUUCAGCCUGUAGAUUAGUCCAGACUAAAUUUUAAAAAAUUAGUAAUAGGAAUGAAAUGUUUGGUUCUAAUAGAACUUAAAUAUUGCUCAG